CCGGCAAUGGGCAACAGCAUCGGCGGCCGGCGCAAGGGCGCCAAGAUCAUGCAGCUGGACGGCACGGCGUUCCGGGUGAAGCCGCCGGCGUACGCGGGCGCGGUGCUGCGCGACCACCCGGGCUUCCAGCUCCUCGACUCCGAGCAGGUCAAGCUGCUCGGCGUCCGCGCGCGCCCGCUCGAGCACGACGCGCUGCUCCGCCCGGGCCGGCUCUACUUCCUCGUCGUGCUGCCGAAGCCCACCGCGCCGCCGCGACGCGCCUGGUCCGGCGCGCUCCACGUCGGCGCGCGCGAGCGACUCGAGUCGCUCAUGCUCACGCGCCGCUCCACCUCCGACCUCACCUUCCCCACCGGCACCGCGCCGGCCUCGCCCGCCGCCUCCGACGGCGGGCCGGUGCAGCUCCGCAUGCGCCUGCCCAAGGCGCAGGUGGCCAAGCUCAUGAGCGAGAGCCGUGACCCCGCCGAGGCCGCCGCCAAGAUCAUGCAGCUCUGCGCCGCCAACAACACCGGGAGCGGUGCCGUGACGCCCGAGAGGUUCGCUCCGCGGACGCCCGACCGGAGCCCGAUGUUCGUGCCAACGCCGGACUGGGGCACCGGUGUUCGGCUCCCGCAGACGCCGGAGCACAGCCCGCGGUUCGUGCCGACGCCAGACUGGGGCGGCGGCAGGUUCUCGCGGACGCCGGAGCGGAGCCCGAGGUUCGCCGCCACGCCCGAGUGGGGCUCCAGGUUCAUGAUGCCGACGCCGGAAAGAGAUACCGGGAUGAUGGCGAAGACGCCGGCCGAUAGGUGGUCCGCGCUAACCGGCACGCCGGACGGCAAGGCCAGCCGGAAGGAGAAGCGAACGCGGUUCGUCGCCAUGCCAGACGAGAUAAUCGCCUGACUAUUCCUGCAACAACACCACAGCACCGCAGGCAUGUUUCAGAUUCAGAGUAUGUGAACGUACGGAUCUGCAGAUGCCAACGUGCCAGCUUCAUCAGUCAUUUUCUUCCUUACAAGUUAUAGAUCGACCACAGAUUGCCGGCGUCGGAGACACGAGAGGGAGAAUGCCGGCGACGGAUUCUCCUGCCUCGCUUCUUCAGAGACGGCAAGGAGUGUCGUUUUCUUCUUUUGUAUCAGUGCUCUCGUCGCCUCUUCUGUUUCUGUAGUUAGCUGAAGCUUAGAGGAGAUGUAUGUAUAUGGAGCUCGACGUCUAAACGUACAUAAACUAUGUGCAUGACGUUGGAGACGGGACCCUGCGUUGCCAACACGUCUACGGGUCGUCUCCAACCUUGCUGCACUGGGUUCUCGCUUGUCGCGUGUGCCAUCCGGUCAUGAAUUUUGUAAAUAUUUUUGGUUGCAGACAAAUAAUGAAUCGGGCAUUCAGACGUGGUUAGUGUUUUAUUUGAUGAAACAUAACCAUUGGGAGCUCGGAUGUCAGAUACGGAAGCAAGGAUCGGAAGUCCCGACUGUUCAUCAUCG